AUGGGAGACCUUUUCAAUUCGGUAUAUGAUAUUUCGUUGGACUUGAGAACCAAUGCUGAAGAAGAAAAGGAUAAGGAAAAGAAUGUGGAAAUGGUGCAAGAUACUCGAGACUUCAGUCGAGGUGCUGAUGUCGCUGAGCUGAGAUUUAUCGGUUUCCUGAAUCAUGGCGACGUGGCUGUCGAAGGCAGUCUAAUUGAUUUUUCCGCCCUCACCCUCACCGCCGUUCUACAGAAUUUUAUAGCUCAAUGUGCUAAGUGGCACUCGCGGCGAAAAAUAUUAACUUCCGCAUUCCAUUUUAAUAUAUUACAGCAAUUUGUUGAGAUUUUGAUUGAGGAGGGCGAAAAUAUGACAAAAUCUUUAAAGGAUACAGGAGGCACAAUUGUGAAAGAUUUAUUACCAUUCGUUAGUGAAUAUACGCUGAAUGCAAUAUGCGAAACUGCUAUGGGUACUUCUCUACAAGGUCUUGGUGCAUUUCAGCAACGAUAUCGAAAAGCGGUUCAAGAAAUGGGCGAAAUACUGAUAUACAGAUUAAUGAGACAAUGGCUACGAAAUAAUUGGAUAUUUUCAUUAAUGCCAAAAGGCAGACAGCAAACACAGGCCUUGAAGAUAUUACAUGGAUUUACUGAACAAAUUAUUGCAGAAAGGAAACUUUAUCACGAGCGUACCAAUGAUCAAUAUCUCAAAAGUCAUGUAUCAACAGAUAAUAUAGAAACGUAUGGAUGUCAAAGGAAACGACUCGCAUUGUUGGAUCUUUUAAUAGCGGUGUCACGAGAAGGACUUCUAACUGACUCAGAUAUCAGGGAGGAAGUUGAUACUUUUAUGUUCGAAGGCCAUGACACUACAGCCAUGGGUAUAUGCUUUACUUUAUUAUUAUUAGCUGAACAUAAGGACAUUCAGGAUCGUGUUAGAGAUGAAAUCAAUAUUGCCCUGCAAGAGAGUGAACAAAAAUUUACUAUGAAGGUGUUACAAAAUCUAUCAUAUUUAGAUAGAUGUUUAAAAGAAUCAUUGCGUUUAUAUCCUAGCGUGUACUUUAUAUCACGAAUUACUUCAGAAGACGUAAAAUUACAAUCAUAUUUAAUACCUACUGGAACACUAAUACAUCUUAAUAUCUAUGGAGUUCAUAGAGAUCCUAAUUUUUGGCCAAAUCCAGAAGUAUUCGAUCCAGAUAGAUUUUUGUCUGAAAAGAUUCAAAAUCGUCAUCCUUAUUCGUAUUUACCAUUUAGUGCUGGACCACGUAAUUGUAUCGGCCAACGAUUUGCUUUAUUGGAAAUGAAGGCUAUGAUAGCUCCUAUAAUUCAUAAUUUUUACUUGGAGCCUGUUGAUUAUUUAGAAAAUCUUCGAUUAAAAAUUGAUUUGGUACUUCGUCCUACUCAUCCGAUUCGUGUAAGAUUUGUUCCAAUCAAGGAAGCGCAUAAAAUAAUUUGAAUCAAUUUUGUAUUUCAAAAACAUAAGCAUUAAAGGUAAUUAAAGGUAACCGUAAGCAUUAAAGGUUAUCCAGAAAUUAAACAAUUGUUAAAUACAUCAAUCAAUAAAUUGUUUACACACACAAACACAC